GGAGCGCCUGGGACGCUAAGAGAAGAAAGAAAGAAAGAGCUAUAUGUCAUUUAUAGGAGCUUAACCAAAAAGAAAACAGGACGCAGCAGAUUGGCUCAGCGCAUUACGCACGGAUCCCACUUUGGAUGCCUGACUGCUGUUGCCUUCUUGGAGAUGUAGUUGCAUUCUUGAGAAAAUCCAAAGAAGGCAUUUGUUGUUACUAGUUGAUGAGAGGAGUGAGAGCUGUUCAGGCUCCGUUUCCUGUUUGCCAGCCCUCCGCAGCUGGCUGCUGAAGCCCCGCAGUGCGCUCCAACCCCCGGACCCCGAACCUCGGACCUCGCGUCUCCCUCACCACCACCUCCGGACAAUGUGCGACCUGAUGCCAGCCUCACAGCCCCCGCAGAAAAUCGGGAAAAUGAAAAAGUUGAGGAGAACUUUGUCGGAGAGUUUCAGGAGUAUUGCUUUCAAGAAAGAGGACAGCGGCUUUGAUGAGAUAUGUGUCACAAAGAUGUCCACACGCAGCUGCCAGGGAACAGACUCUGUCAUCAAGCCCCUGGACACCAUACCUGAAGACAAGAAGGUGAGAGUGCAGCGCACGCAGAGCGGCUUCGACCCGUUUGAGAAGCCCGCCAGCCAGGUGAAGAGGGUCCACUCUGAGAACAAUGCCUGCAUCACCGCCAAGACCACGUCCGCCAGCAAGGAGUCGCCCAAACUGCGCCGACACUCCAGCCCCAGCUCUCCUACAAGCCCCAAGUUUGGAAAGGCAGACUCCUAUGAGAAGCUGGAGAAACUGGGAGAGGGAUCAUAUGCUACCGUUUACAAAGGAAAGAGCAAGGUGAAUGGGAAGCUGGUGGCGCUGAAGGUGAUCCGUCUGCAGGAGGAGGAAGGGACGCCCUUCACGGCCAUACGAGAGGCAUCUCUCCUGAAGGGCCUGAAGCAUUCCAACAUCGUGCUCCUGCAUGACAUCAUCCACACCAAGGAAACCCUGACGCUGGUCUUUGAAUAUGUGCACACAGACCUGUGUCAGUACAUGGACAAACAUCCCGGGGGGCUCCACCCGGACAAUGUGAAGCUGUUCCUGUUCCAGUUACUGAGAGGCCUGUCCUACAUCCACCAGAGGUACAUCCUUCACCGUGACCUGAAACCACAGAACCUGCUCAUCGGAGACACAGGAGAGCUGAAACUCGCUGACUUCGGUUUGGCCAGAGCCAAGUCGGUCCCCAGCCACACUUACUCCAACGAGGUGGUGACCCUUUGGUACCGGCCCCCAGACGUCCUGCUGGGAUCCACAGACUACUCCACCUGCCUGGACAUGUGGGGAGUGGGCUGCAUUUUCGUUGAGAUGAUCCAAGGAGUGGCUGCCUUCCCGGGGAUGAAGGACAUCCAGGACCAGCUGGAGAGGAUAUUCCUGGUCAUUGGCACCCCGUCAGAGGAGACUUGGCCUGGCGUCAACUCUCUGCCUCACUUCAAACCAGUUUCCAAAUUGAAUAAAGCCCAGCAGAUGGCAGUGUUGCACCGCUUUACAGUGUACAGCCCCAAGAAGCUCAGACAAGCCUGGAAUAAGUUGGGCUAUGUGGACCAUGCCGAGGAGUUGGCCUCCAGGUUCCUCCAGUGCUUCCCAAAGAACCGGCUGUCAGCCCAGGCAGCACUGAACCACGAGUACUUCAGCAACCUUCCUCCGCGGCUCUGUGAGCUGCAGGACAUGUCUUCUAUCUUCACCAUACCAAAUGUCAAGCUGCAGACGGAGAGCGGGGACAGCAUACAGGUGUGUGCACGCAGAAACAGCCACGGGAAGGCUUCCUCUGGCAGCAAACACUGACCUGAGGCAGCAUCCUGCACCGGCUGCCUGACAGGCGACUGCAGUAAACAAAGCUGAAGACAGAGAUGCUGAGAUGGAGUAACAAGACGAACGGAGGAGCCCCAGUUCUCUUUAUUUAUUACCGUCACAAUGUGUGUGAGUGGGUGUGUGUGUGCGGGAAAGCAUAAGCAUUGAGUAUAGAUAUGAAUGCAUGUGAGCAUUAUGAACGGUACCUAAGAUUUCAGGCUAUUAUUUGCAAAUCGAUUUUUGUUUACUUUUUAUAAAGUCACUCAUAUAUCAUGGUUACAGUAUAAACAAAUGGACUUUACUAUUGGUACAUAGUGUGUUUUGUGUUUGUAACUAGCCUCCUAUUUAAGAAUGUAUAUUUCUAUGUAUGAUAUACUCAUCUAGAAACUAUGUAACGGACAGUUUCUAUAUCGCUUCAUCUUUUCACCACUAUACUGCUCAUGUCAAGACACACAACUCCACACACACAAGCAAACCUUCAUCUAGUAAACAAAAACAAUGCAGAACAUUUAAAGAAGAAAAGUUAAUAAUUAGUUUUCCAUUUCUUUCUUACCAGGUUUAACGCGACAAAAACAAUAAUUUUAGUUGUAAUAAAAAUAAUAGAGGGGUUUUGGGUGGUGUAACACAUCCUCUGGCAACUAUAUUGGAGGUCUUCGCUUCUUUAAUAGCUGAGAACAGCUAACGUUAUUUUAAAUGUUAAGAAAUGGUUCAUAUGCAUCUAGUUUAAAGGCUGUACUUCCUAUUUACUGACUGGUACAUGCGGCUGAUAGCUUUUAGCUAGUGGUUAUUGGUGUUUUCCUUAUGGGAAAUAGUAAUAAAAAUACAUCUGUAAACAGUUGAUACUGCAGAAUACCUCAAACUGCAACCAAGAUCAAUAAUUAUUCUCUGUAUUAAGAGUUUUCUCAGUUUACAUAACUGUCAAACUUUCCCAGAGGCAAGAAAAGCUAUUUUUAUGUGUGACAUCAUCUCAGUGUAGUGUGUGAGGCCUCUGGGCUGCAUAUCCAAUGCGCCACACAACACUUAAAAAAAGAGAUCAAAUAUAAUUGCAUAUUUGGUUAAUCCAACCAUCCAUUAACUAACACAGCUCACAUUUUCUCAUUUGCACUUCACAAUAGUUGUAGAUAUGGGUUCUAAUAUUUGCUAUUAACCAUUUUAGUGGACUUUUCAAUAUUUGCAAUCCAACAAAAAUGUUUGGGGGUGAAAUAUUAUCAUGAUCCGUAAGCAUGAUGGCCAAAAAUGUAGAAGUAAAACCCCUGUGGUAAAAUAGUUUGUUAUUUUCAAAUGGACCCCCAUGAGUUCAAAGUCGCCCCUCUACCGUAGAAGAUCUCUGCUGGAGAUGUUGACGGUGCACACAUCAGAAACAGGGACAGCACCAACCAGUGUGCAAUAGCCGUACUGAGGACAGCUGAAAAUGUGUGUGUGUGUGUGUGUGUGUGUGUGUGUGUGUGUGUGUGUGUGUGUGUGUGUGUGUGUGUGUGUGUGUGUGUGUGUGGGUGUGUGUGUGGUGUGUGUGUGUAUUAAACAUGGGCAAUAGCUAAGCAUUGGUGCUUCCAUCCAUGCAUAUGAGCUAAUGUACAAAAGAUAAAAUACCAAGGCAAUAGUUUGUGUGGCCUCUUGUUUGAUUAGCCCAUGACAAUCCUGCCUUUCACUUUAUCGAAUACCAUCCAAAUAUCUGCAAUAUUUUAUUAGGAUCAGAAGAUUUAUGACAAUAACUGCUGAUUUUUUAAGUUCACCUGACGGAAAUUGAACGAGUCUUCGUCCAUCUUUCGGUUUAAAGACUUGAUUGAAACUUGUCGGUUGUAUCGUUGAGGACUGAAGGAACUGUAGUUAAUUUGUUUGGAUCAGUGGUCCUAAAGAAAUCUGCUAUAGCGGAGGCCAAGCAUUCUGCCAAACUGGGGUAGAAUAAUCAGGAGCUGUUUUUAUCUGGCAAAUUAAACAAGUGCGGAUGAGUGAUUUUCAGUGUGUGCGCAGUAUGUGAAAUAUAGGUGGUAAUCAACCUUGAUCCGUCCCUCCACCACAUACAUGUGCUCUCAUGCAGAGACUCCCCCUACAUGUGUGCCCCUCAACAUCCCACCCAUAGUUAACGUUGUCGAACUUUUUAAGACACAAUACAAAGUCAGAUGUAUAACGUGAUGUCAUCUGCAAAGAAGUUUAUACUAUUUUACGGUCUUUCUUUUGAUGUUUUGUGUGAAGAUAUCUGAAUAUUACAGCUUAGAUGUAUGGUGAUAAUUGUGAAGUACUAUCAAUACAAUGGCUUCCUCUUUACCAAUAAUAUUGGCACUGCACUGUUGAUUCGCCGAAGAGAGGAGGUGGCAAAUAAAACGCCAUGGACGAUUGAAAACUGUUGAUGGUUAUAAUGUUGCUCCACGGCCUAUUAAACACAUUCACACACUCACACACACAUUUAUAAUAUAGAUGUCUUGCCUGCUAGAAUACCCCUCAGCUACAGUACAGUGUAACCCUGCAGCCCCCCGCUGGUGUUUGCUUUGCAGUCUGUCGCAUUCAAGGACAGGUUGGGGUUUCUGUCUGUCAUUAUAUAACAGUAAUGUAAUCAUCCGUCUUCUCCAUACCUGCUAUGAAGUGAUAUAUUUCAAAAUGCAUUCCAAAGUUCAGCUGUAACUAAUAUGGGGCUUCCACAGUCGGAGUUAUCCUGGUCCAGCAUUUAUCUACGACUGACCAGGCUUGUGUAAAUGAAUUGACACAUUUUUCUCAAGAAAAAUAGCUAUAAUAAUCCUCAUAUCUUUCUGUUGUUUUAUAUGAAUCUUUCAAUGCUAAAGCUUGAGUUGAAACAUUGUAAAUUCAAGCAAAGAGAAUGAGUCGUAAAGUUUUUCUGGGGUAGAAAAGUUGAGAAAAAUGACUUAGCAUACAGGUUAGGAUUUACAUGAAGCUCCACUAAAGCGACGAUGAAAACAUUGGAUCUGUUCAACAAAAAAUGAAACUGUGUAUGGAAUAACUUUAUUAUAUGGUUUUAGAAUAGAUCCCGAUUUUCCUGUAAUGAAUGGAAACUUGGCUUUUGACCAUUAUAUAUUAUUAUUGGCUGAACUUUGGAUUGAAUUUUUUGCACGGAACAAUGACUGUAGACUUUUUCCUACAACUUUUACAGUAGAGCCACUUGGGUUAAGAUUGACCGAAAGAAAAUAUCCAAACUAAUCAUUUAAAGGAAGAAAAGCAAUGAAGUGAAGUCAUUUUACCAUGACUUUGUUCCAGUCCAGCUUCUCAGACCAGAGAGGGUGGGGGCUCUGAGGCAAAAUAAAUAAUUCUGGGCUUGCCUCUCCCAAACAGCGUUUUGGAAAUGCACUUUAAAGAAAAAUCAGUUUGCCCAACAUUCCAACCUGUAUGGUCCCUUUUCUGCACUUGCUUUACCCUUAAUGAUAAAUAUAUAUAUAAAAAUGCAUAUGUAUACAGUGACCUGUAUAUAUACUCUUACUUUAUCUGACGCAAAGCAAACCAGCCCAUCUUAUCAAUGUAAAUAUCAUCCCUCGUUUUGAACCUUUACCCCAGAUUGAGGAGAGCUCAUAGAAAUGCUUUACUGGAAGUCAUCGCGCUGGUUUUUACUGUCAUCCCCAGGCUGUGAUUGUGCGGCAGAGAAAAGGGGAGGAGAGGGGAGGAGAGGGGUGGGUAAAGCUAGUAAAGCACCAUGACAGAAGAGGGUUAAUACCAAGGAGCUAUGCUAAAAUGAGCCAGGCUGGUGUGGCUCUGAGGGAUUGAGCAGUAUUAGCAGCUGAAUAAUUAUUUUUGGCAUGAUUCUCCUUUUGGUGUUUGCUCCUCAACACUCUUACUAGUCUUGUACAAAAACGUAUAUUUUUGAGUCCUGUGUGAGCAGAGUUCCUAAAGGCACUUAAAUGUUAGUCAUAUUUCAUUAAAAAAGUCCAAGAGAGACUUGGUGGAGUUGCACAUUUAGCACUGUGACAGAAAAAAAGAUAUGAAUAGGUCAUAGGUGGAAAUGGAUAAGUUGGUGACACACCUUCAAUGAAGGCGAAAAGUGAUGCUUCCACUUUGUUUGUAUACAGGGUUGCAAAGGUCCCCUUUCCUUAAUGCUAUCAUAUCUGGUGUUUUGGCUUUCUUUAACUCAAGGAGGGGGGUGGUCUCGGUCGGAAAAACCUUUGGAAUACUUCCAACAUGCAUCCUCGCUGUGCUGAACAAUGGAUCUGUGUUUGCAACUUUUUUCAAUGAAGCUUCUCUUGCGUUUUCUUUUUGUAUGCUGCACUGAAAUACAUCCUUUUCACUAGUGGUUUGGAAAACAGAAGUGUUGUCGGUCACUUCAUCAAGUGAACAAUAUAGUAUACGGUAGAAUAGCUGUUGCAUUAUUUGUUACGACCCGUAUGUACUGUUAUUAUGGAAGAUGUAAUGUCCUUCUGUAAAUGUUGUUCAAUGUUGUUUUACCUGAAAUAAAAUUUAUUAAUGCUU